CAGCAUCAUCAUUACCAUCUUUAUCAUUACCAUCAUCAUCAUUACCAUCAUCAUCAUUACCAUCAUCGUCAUAUGAAAUGAACGAUGAUUUUUAUCAUCUAUUUCAACCAACGACAACUAUUGUCGAAUCCAAAUUGGAUGAAGAUUGUUCCAAUGAAUAUGACCAAAAUGUUGAAAAUGAAAGCGUUGAAGUUGAAAAAUCGAAUGAUAUAUUUGAAACAACCACCACCAAAUCGACAACAAAUGAUCCAUUAAACGAAAAUGAUGAUGAUCCAAAAAAUAUCGACAAUUUUCAAAAUGACGAAACAUUACCAUCUUUAACAUUACCAUCAUCAUCAACAACAACAGCAUCAUCAUCAACAACAACUGUUGUUAAUGUAGAUACAACGACAAUUCCUAACAAAUCAACACCUCAAUCGUUAUUACGUAAACAAGAUUCUGAACCUGAAGAUUGUUGUAUUGAUGAUACUAAUGAACCGGUCAAUCAAGCUAAUAUUAUUAAAUAUUUAACUAAUCAUCCAAAUGCUUUCAUUAUCAAUCAAAUCACUGAUCCAAAUACAUCAUCGUCAUACGAAAUAAACGAUGAUUUUUAUCAUCUAUUUCAGCCAAAUAAACAUGAAUUUCAACAAAUAUUUCCAUCCGAAUUAUUAAUAUUAUUAUUUCAAAGGAUAAUCGAAUCCAAUUUACCCGAAUUUUCAUCUAUUUCUACAUUAAUAAGAUUAUCACAAGUUUGUGAACAUUGGCGACAAUUAAUCAUUACAAAUUCAUUAUUAUGGACGACAAUUGAUUUAAGUGGAUUUUCUGCUGAUUACAGAAAUUUUCCAUUAGAACAAUUUCAAUAUUUACAUUUGGAAAAUCGUCUAUUUCGUUCGGUCAAACAUAUUAAUCUAUCGAAUUGGAAUGCCAAUCAGGCAAUAAAAAUAUUGGAAUUUUUUGCCAAUUGUUCGGAAUAUAAUAUUCAUUCAUUAAACAUAAGUUGUUGUCCGAAUAUAACCGUAUCAUUUUUUCAAUCAAUUAUUGUUUACAUUGGUAAUCUUCAUUCAUUGAAUAUAUCAAAUAUUACGUCAUUACAACAAUAUAACAGUCAAAAUCCAUUUCAAACAUCAUCAUUUCGUCCGUUAAUUGAACAAUGUGGCCAAUCAUUACGUUCAUUGUUUAUGUCCGAAAAUAAUAUGUUAUCAUUUCAUACAUGUUUCAAUAUGGUUUUGGAAUCAUGUCCAAAUCUAGAAGUAUUAGAUAUAUCCAAUGUACAUUCAUUUAGUACAAAAUGUUCAACAAUUUCUAUUGAAAAAUUUCAACAUUAUUGUCCAAAUUUACGUAUAUUACGUGCUGCAAAUAUAAAAUUUCAAUCGACGAUUAGUUCAUUUUAUACUGAUAAUAAUGUUGGAUGGCCAUUACUUGAAGAAUUAAAUAUACCAUUUCAUUUGGAUUAUAUGUUUUCCGUUGGUCAUUCUGAUCAAAUAAUUGAACGAUUAACAAAAUUAUCAAAAAAUUUAAAAUUAUUAAAUAUUAAUGGUUCAAAAAAUCUAACAAUGAAUAGUAUUUUACAAAUACCAACCAUAUCAUUGCAAAAAUUAUCCAUUUCAAAUUGUUUAAAAAUGCAUGAUACAACUAUUGGAAAGGUGUUUCAAAAGUGGAAUAAAUCAUUGAUCGAUAUUGAUAUUUCAUUGAAUAAAUCUGUGGCAAGUAUCGAUGAAUGUAUCAAUUCAAUUUGUCAUCAAUCAACGGAUAAUAUAAAAUUAUUGAAUAUUGAUUUACAUGGUUCAGCAAUAACAUUCGAAUCAUUACUACGUUUAAUCGUACAUUGUGGAAAUAGUUUAAAAUCUAUUAAUUUACAAUCAUGUCGUAGUUUACCAAGAGGUAUAAAACGUUUAUUUCAAAAUGAAGAAUUUCAACGUUUAAAAAAUUUGUUAUCAAAUGGACAUUUGUUGUGAUGAAUAAGAUAUUGGCGUUUUUUUG